AUGAAAGCCUUUCUACUCGCCGCCCUGGCAGGUACAGCCACAGCUCACACCAUCUUCCAGAAGGUAUCGGUGAACGGUGUGGACCAAGGCCAGCUCAAGGGCGUCCGCGCUCCUGAUUCUGACUAUCCCAUCACGAGCGUCACCGAUUCGGCAUUCGCCUGCAACAAAGACAUCAAACACAAAGACACUACUGUAAUAAGUAUUCCGGCGGGAGCAAGAGUCGGAGCUUGGUGGGGCCACGUUAUUGGCGGUAAGCAGAGCGCCAAUGAUCCCGAUCAUCCUAUUGCUGCGAGUCACAAAGGUCCGAUACAAUACUAUCUUGCCAAGGUGGAUAAUGCUGCCACGACUGGAACCACUGGUCUGCAAUGGUUUAAAGUCGCCGGAGAUGGCUUGAGUAACGGAAAAUGGGCCGUGGAUACUAUGAUUGCGAAUGGAGGUUGGCAUUACUUCGACAUGCCUACUUGUGUGGCUCCAGGUGACUACCUCAUACGCGUUGAACUCAUCGCCCUUCACGGCGCUCAAAAUCAAGGCGGUGCACAGUUCUACAUGGAGUGCGCACAGAUCCGCGUCACUGGAAGCGGAACAAACAAAGGUUCAAACUUCGUAUCUUUCCCUGGUGCCUACAAAGCCAACGAUGCCGGUAUCCAGGUUAAUAUUUACGAUGCCACUGGAAAGCCAUACAUGGGUGGCAAGGCAUACUCGGUACCAGGGCCAGCGCCCCUCACUUGUGCGGCUGGACAAGAAGGAGGUAGUGGUUCGACACCUUCGACGCAGGAGCCAGCGCCAGUACCCGAAGCGCCGGCUGCAGGAGCAGCGUUGUAUGCGCAGUGCGGCGGUAAAACAUGGACUGGACCAACAACUUGCGCCCUAGGAACGUGCAAGGAGAGUAGUGAGCAUUACUCGCAAUGCCUUCCAUAG